AAUUUAAAAAAAAAAUGAUUAAAACAUUUUGCUACUUGCAACUUACUAGUUGCUCUACCAUGGAUAAAUAUUUGACUUUCAUAUUAACUUAAAUUUUUGAAAAAUUAUCUUUUUAAUGUUAUAGAUAUGCAUUAAUAAUAUUAUUAGUGUUAUAUAAAUACGGCCAUCUGAUUAUUAAUUAUUUGGAAAAGUAUUACUGAGCUAUAUUCAUAUUUUUAUAUGAUAUCUGUACAUAAUGUCCGAAGAAGAAGACAAAAGUUCAUUGAACGACGUUGAUGAUGCUGCUGCGGCUAAUCAGCAGAAUGGUGAUGGUGACAGAGAAGGUGAUGGAGUCAGUCAAACAGAGAAUUUAUUAAUUAACGGUAAUGAGAACAUUCCACCAUGUCAAUUGGAUAUUGGUCUAGGCACUCAUACAGACAGUAGGCGUCACGAAAAUUCAAAUGGUAAGUUCAAAACAUGCGUUGAGUUGAAGUUAAAACUUAUUAUCAUUCAAGUUUUCAUUGCCACUAGUUAAAAAUAUAGGAUGCCUGGUACCUACUUUUUUUUUUAAAAAAGUUCUUAAAUUAUCUACUUAUAAAAUUAAUAAUUUUCCUUAUCAAAAAAUCAUGCAAUGUUUACAAACUAUUUACUAAUAAAUUUUGACCCAUAACUUUUUUUUAAAUAUUUAAGUAGGCAACAUUUAAUAAUUAUUAUUAAUAGUGUUUUGUUUAAUUAAAUUUCUAUAUCUUCUUUUAAUUAGUUAAUAUCUUAACAAGUUAAAUAUUGGAUAAGAUUUACUUUUAAUAUAAUGUGUAGGUAUUAUUUAAAAUUAAUGACUACUUAUUGAAAUAUUGCAUAGUGAUAUUGCAUUCUUUAGUCCUUUCACCUUUCACUUAAUUUUUAACUGUUUAGUCGACACAAUUUUCUUUCACUUCUUUAUCUUGGUACUACUAAUUUAUAAACAACCACUAUCAAUAGCUGUUGUAAAUCUAUCUAUACCUGAUAAUAAUACAUUUAUUUUAUUUAUUUUACACUAAAGCGUGUAUUUCAUAAUAAAGCGAUAAAAUUGUGAUAUUCUGACAUUGCCACUCCUAAAUUUAAUAAAUCUACUUACUCACAUAUCAGAAGAUAAUUUACAAUGUAAUUUUGGUGAACAAAUAGAAUAUUUUCUAAUCACUUCUAUAUUUUAUACCAUUACAUAAAUAAUCAACAAUAUAAAUAUAAUUUAAAUUGUAUUUAUGGAUUAAAACUAAUAAUAUAAAUAAUAUAUUGUUAAUUUAUUAUAAUGUUGACAUAGAAAUAUAACAUGAAUAACACCGUUUAUAAUGAAGUUAUUUAAUCAACCGAACAAAUUUCCCUUAAAUCUUCAUUGAAUAUAAUUUACCUAUUAAGUAAUAGUUUUGAAGUUUUAAUUUAUUUCUCAGAAAAUACCUGUUUUAAGUAUAUUAAUUAGUAAUGUAAUAUUACAAAAACAAAAAAAUUAGAAAAUAUUUUGUAGCUAUGACCUUGUUACCAUAAAAUUAAAUAUAUUUAUACUAUAUAUUAUUUUAUAUUAUGCAUACAUAGGUAUUGUUUUUAUUUAUUUAUUAUUAAUAUAUUGAGAGUUGUGACAAUUGUUUAUAGUUAAAAUUCUAUUUUUAACAGAUCCUGGAGAAUCAUCUGCUUCCGGUACCAAACGUGAAGAUAAUCUUUUAUCAUUCAGGCACUUUUUGUGCAACAAUGGAACCAAUCAAACAUCAAAACCUAAAGUUGAAGUAGUACCUAGUGUGUCACAGCCAGUGAGGCCUGUAACUGAAACAUCUACCUUACCAGAUUUUGUUCAAGAUCAUUUGACUACUGAUCAACCUUACGACAAUGGCGAUCUUGAUUCGCGUUCGAAUAGUAUUGAUCUGACACGUGGGAUUAAUCGGCCAUCUAUGUUUGGUAAUCGUAGUAACCGUACACCUCAACAAUGUGUUGUUAUGCCACUAGACCUUCCACUUACCAAUACGACAACACCUCCCCGUGCUACCACACCCACAACCACUAACAGCAGUUUACCAGAUUUUCUGUCUGACGGACCUAUUGGCGUGCCAGUUGUUCAUCCAGUCCCUAGGAAUGAACAGCCAACGGAUCGAAAUCGUAUAAGCAUUAUUAUCAACCCACUGCGUGGUGCUAGACCAAUAAAUCAGAAUUAUUUUAGGUUUCAAAGGUUUCUUUAAUUAAAUAAUUAUUAAUCUUCUUUAGUUUAUUGUUAAUUGAAGACAUGUUACAUCAAGUGUUACAUUAUUGUUAUUGUUAACUAUAGAUGAAAUGAACCAAAUAAAUAAAUAAAUACUAAUUUUAGGCACAGUCAAGCUGUUGAAGCUAGAGUCAACAGGCUAGAAGCAACAGAACAAGACUUAAGAACAACAGUGUUGAAUUUAAAUAAUAUGUUGCAACAAGCAUUGGUGAGUCAGCUGUAUUAACAUUCUGAAUUGUAUUUAAUGCCAAUAAUUUUUUUUUAAACUUAUAAAUGUGUACAUUUUCCGGAAUUUGUUUUCUAGAAUAUUUAAGAAACAAGCUGUUCUACAAUUUUAUAUUUAUGUUAUUUUUUGUCACCUUUUUGAUUUUCAAAUGACCACCUAUAUUCAAAAGUCCAUAAAUAUAUGGAGUAAUGAAAUUUUAGUGUUGAAAUUUUUGAUUACCAUCAAUCCAUUGAUGAGAUAUUCCACUUUUAAGUUUGGGUUAGAUGAGAGUAAUUUUAAAUCCUUUGUGUGGAGGUACGGCGCGCGGUGUGUUGAUAAUACCCCACCAUUCUCUUCCAACCCAACCUUAAAAAAAAUAGAGUAUCUCAUCAACGGAAAUCAAAAAUGUCAACACUAAAAUUUGUUUUAAUUGAAACUGUAGAGCAGCUUGUUUCUUAAAUAUUGUAGGAAACAAAUUCCGGAAAAAGUUAAUACUUUUAGAGAUAAUGAGUGUACCCACUUAAAUGGAUCACUCGGUAUACUUAAAACAAAUUUAUUACUAACUAUGAUUUCUUAAAAUGAUUUUACUUAAAAGUAUAAAAGAAAAAUAUUUAUUAUUCAUAGCUGAGAGCUCAACGAGCAGAAGAUGAAGUUAGAACAUUGCGACAUUUAUUAAGGGCCAGAGAUGAAGGGCUCAAUGGUAGUCGUUUAGCAACAAUCUCGUCAACUAAUUCGGUUGCUGAACAGAUACGGCAUGGUACACGAAACGCUGAAAUACUGUUAAAGUGAGUUGUAACAGUAAUCAAAAAAAUUAUCCAAUUAGUAGAUUACAAAUUUCAUUUAUGGUUUUAUUAAUUAUUAUUAUUGCGUAGCUUAUUGAGGGAUAAUUACCAAGACCUAAACAAUGUAGCAGUCCGUCUCGAACAACAGGAAACAAUUCAAAAUUCUAAUACCCAAUUGUCGAAUGACCCAAGUGAUUCGACAGACAAUAACAUCACAUAACAUUCCUGUUGUAUUAUAAUAAUUAUUAGUUUUACAUGUUUAAAAAUGAUUUUUAUGUUUUAAAAUAUUACUUGUUUACAUUUUGUGCAGAUUUAUUUCCAAGACUGGACCUCAAUUGUUUUGUUUUCUAUAUAAUGAUUAUUAUUAUUAUUAUUAUUUUUAGUAUGUACUGUGUAUUGCCAUCCAAUGCUUAAAAUAUUGUAUUCCCAUUAUAUAGCCCAUUUUUAUAAGAAAUGUUUUAUACAUUUAUGUAAAUAGUGAUUUACAUGAAAGUAUAUUACAAGAACUGUUGGUAGAAAAAAAAAUACAUUUGUAAAUUCUCUUAUUACAAAGUAUAUUUAUAUCAAACUGUACAUUUCUAUGAAACUAUUAAGGGACAUGUUUUAUUGAUACAAAAGCAAACUACAAGAAAAUUUGUCAUUAUUGUUAACCAAAUAUAUAUUAAAUAUAACUUACUAAAUAGGACUUUUAAUGUUAUUACAAUAAAAUUAUUUUAGUUGUAGUUAUAUUAUUUAAUGAAAU